AUGGCUACGGUUGCACAAGAACGUAUAAUCCCUUCGACAAAUACAUUGGUGAAAUACGACAACCCCGUGUUGGUCACAAAGCAUCCGGAAAAAACUCCUAAAGAAAAAUCAGGGAAGAAAUCGUCAUGUAAAGGUCAAUCUUCGCCGGUGACUGCUGAUAUAAGACGCGAAACCGCUGAAAUACUGAAUGGAAUUUUGCCUCCGAAAGAAUGGGAGGAAGAUGGACAAAUUUGGACCCAGUUUGUUUCCAGUACUCCUGCAACUAGACUGGAUGUUAUAAAUUUGCAAGAACAAUUGGACAUGAGACUGCAGCAGAGACAAGCCCGAGAAACUGGAAUUUGUCCGGUUCGCCGUGAACUUUAUUCUCAAUGUUUCGAUGAAAUAAUUAGGCAAGUGACAGUAAAUUGCGCAGAGCGUGGAUUAUUAUUACUACGAGUUCGCGAUGAAGUAAAAAUGACGAUGGCUGCUUAUCAAACACUUUAUCAAAGUAGUAUUGCCUUUGGAAUGCGCAAAGCAUUGCAGGCCGAAGAAGGUAAGGAAGAUUUAAUAGCUACAGCGGAAGAAUUACGACUUGAAAAAACCGAGUUGGAAAAAACAGUAGCUGAAUUGCGGCAAAAAUUUGACCAAGCUGAAAGACGUUCCGCAGAGUUGCGCGAAGCUGAAGAAAAAAAGCACAAUGAAGAGAUACAAUUUUUGAAAAAAACUAAUCAGCAACUAAAGACUCAACUGGAGGGAAUAAUUGCUCCGAAAAAAUAG